GGCCGGCCACGCCACAGCAACUUUUGCCAUCAAGCUGAGCUCAUUGGAUGGGAAAUGAACCCGCGAGCCCGACUAACCGAAUAACCAGAUCACCUGUAGACAUAAAACCCUUUUUCCCCUUUCUACUGACAACCCCAGCGAACAGAGUCAUCCAACGCAACCAAUCCCUCGCAGCCAAACAAUGUCGCCUUUGCUCCUUACGAAGCCUCUCGAGGAAGACAUUGGCCUCAUCCGAGAUGACAACGACGAUGUCCCCGUGAACAAGAAGACAAGCUUCAACGGGCGAUUGAACCAAUAUUUCCACACGGCAAAGAACAUCGCCACCGAGCCUCCUACUCUCAAGCCGACGAACACCAACAAUACCUCAGUAUCUGCGCAAGACAGCACGCCGCCCAUCUCCAAGCGCAAAGCAUCACCAGCGGAGCGAUCCCUAGAAACGGAAUCAGACGCAACAAGCAUAUCCUCCUCCAGUUCAUCCCCCUCCAAGCGACAACGCACAAGCACACGCACAGCCAGCAUGCGCCGAGCUCUCCCAUCAGCCACACUGACACCACGAAUAACCCGCUCCAUAACCCGCUCACGCUCAACAACAUCUUCUUCAUCGUCACCAAUCUCACCAUCACAAUCCCAAACUCAAUCAACCACCACAACCCGCACUCGCACCCGCACCCGCACCCCCAAAUCCCAACCCGCAACACCAACACCAACAACAGCAUCCACAAAAAGCCUCCUCCGCGACACCAUUCCCCCAAACCUUGACCUCCUCCUGGUGGGAGUAAAUCCAGGAAUCAUGACAGGAGUAACAGGGCACGCGUACGCACACCCAUCGAACCUAUUCUGGAAGCUGCUGCACUGGUCCGGGAUCACGACGAUCCGACACCCGCCGGCGGACACGUACGCGCUACCGGGGCUCUACAACGUUGGGAACACGAAUAUCGUGGAGCGGCCGACGCGGGACGCCAGCAUGCUCAGCCGGGCGGAGAUGGACGCGGGGGUGCCGGUGCUGGAGGCGAAGGUGGCGGCGCAGCGGCCGGCGGUCGUGUGUCUGGUCGGGAAGAGUAUCUGGGAGGCUGUGUGGCGGGUGCGGAUGGGCCGGAAUAUUCGGAAGGAGGAGUUCCGGUAUGGGUGGCAGGAUGUCGGCAUGAAUAUGGGGGUUUCUGUUUCUUCUGCUUCCGCUGGUGGUGGUGAGGGAGAACAGAAGAAUGGUGAUGGGGACUGGCCCGGGGCGAGGGUGUUCGUGGCUACGACGACCAGUGGGUUGGCGGCUGGGAUGUCGAUUGCGGAGAAGCAGGCUGUAUGGAAUGAGUUGGGGGAGUGGGUAAAGAAGCGGCGCAGCAAGAGGGAGACACUACUGAGGGAAAAGCAGGAGCAGAGUGAGGGUGAGGUUAAGGCUGAGGGUGAGGAUAAACCCCGUAUAAACAAUUUCUAGUAUACCAAUUGUAACUCAUUACGCAUAGACCUAAGAAGAAUCUACUAACACCACAC